AAGUUAUAAAAUUUCAUUGUUUCGACUCGAAUUACCGAGUAAUUAUUAUCCUCGACCAAAAAAAAAGUUAAAUUUUUGACUCACAAUGUCUGGACGUGGUAAAGGAGGAAAAGCAAAGACAAAGUCAAAGACACGUUCAAAUCGUGCUGGACUUCAAUUUCCAGUUGGUAGAAUUCAUCGUUUAUUGCGUAAAGGAAAUUAUGCUGAACGCGUUGGAGCUGGAGCGCCCGUUUAUUUGGCAGCUGUCAUGGAAUACUUGGCCGCCGAGGUUCUUGAAUUAGCUGGUAAUGCUGCGAGAGAUAAUAAAAAAUCGAGAAUCAUUCCAAGACAUCUUCAGUUGGCCAUCAGAAACGAUGAAGAAUUAAAUAAGCUUCUUUCUGGAGUUACCAUUGCUCAGGGUGGUGUACUGCCAAAUAUUCAGGCAAUUCUUCUACCCAAAAAGACAGAAAAGAAAGCUUAAAUUUCUUUUUUUUUAAAAAAAAGAAACACCAAAUAAAACAAUCGGCCCUUUUCAGGG